AUGGCCUCACUCAGCAAUAAUGCAAACAGUGGCAACAACAGUAAAUCUGUUAAAGACAUUGAGUCUCUUUGUACAAAUGUACUCUCUUUGGCGGGCGUCUCUAGCGUUGGUUGGAGAAAAUAUACAUUCACAUGUAGCUUGAAACAACUAUGGAUUUUCUCACGUACAGCAAUUAAAGAAAAUUGUAAUCGUUAUGCAUAUAGUGAAUUAGACUCGAACAAAGACUCGUUAUGCUGGAUACGAGAUCCUAUAAUAGCUAAUCAAAUUAAAUUAUUAAACCUUGGAAUUCCAUGUGUGUGGCGAUAUGCUAAUAUUAGUACAGACCAUCAACAACAUAAACAGCAAGCUGAAAAUUCUAACCGAAUAAUAGACCAGAUAAUUCGGCGAAAAAUUAUUAGUGAAUCUUUUCAUUUAGAAGAAAAGAAAGAAGAUGACAAGCAGGAGGUAACACGAGAAUUAUGGGUGUUUUGGUUAAAUCAUCAGGAGAAGCCAGAAGAAAUAAAUAAUUUGGAUGGAUUGAAAGAUUCAUCAGAACAAGAUUGCUAUUUCUCCUGGGAACAAUUAGAAUCGCCUCCACCAGAAUAUGGACUAUUUCUAAAAGCAUAUAGAAAUUUAAUCAAUCGGUCAAUGAUAUCUCAAGGGGGAAUACCAAUAGGGGAAUGGUAUGCAUUCCCAGCAUUAUCAAAUAAAACCGUUGAUGAAGGGACAUUAUCAUGUAAAUUCGAUAUGCAUUUAACAUCCACAAGUCUUAUUUUUCAACCAAUUGUAAAAUACCGCAAAAUACGACCACUACAAACCUCCGACCUAAAGAAUCCACAAACGCCGCCAUCUCAACAAACCGUCACUAGAGUGCUAAUAGCUCCAAUCGGCAUCGAAGCCGAACUGGUAAUUUCACCAGACUCGAAAUGUUCGCAUCACGACAACGCCGAAUCAAUAUUCGCGGAAUUUUACGAUUUCUUUAAACUGGACCUAUUUUGCUCGGAGCCAGCGACUCAAGUAUUCGAUUCUACUCUGCCGGGGUUAGUGAAUGUACGAAUUAAUAUCGAUGAAAAGAUUGUAGAAGAAAUUCCGUAUCCUUCGAGAUGUAUUUAUUUCAUUAUUAACAAUAAUAAUAAUGAAAGGAUUAUUAGUGAAGGAUUAGUGCCCGGGAUCGGAAAAAGGAUUAGCGCAUUGGACAAAAUGCACGGUGAACCGGGAAAUUGGCUGCUGUGCUCGGUAGAAAGAAAAACACUGCCAGAAAAAGAUAUUGAAUGGUGGAACUUUAAUAAUUAUCUUGAUGAUAUUGAUUCAAAAUACCCAAAAGAUAAUACUGGAUCAACAUCCUCAAUAUCAAUACUAGAAACAACAAUGACCCCAAAUACUCCUGGAGUUGGCAACGACACUUCAAAUACGAACUCACCUGGUAAACCACAAACACCACAAACUAAACAUUCGACAAAUGUAAAUACUUCUGCACACGAAACAACAUAUCCAUCACCACCGGAUCCAACGGAUCCUGCAACGUAUAUCCCUGCGGAAUAUUCGGCAACUGAAGAGGAUGCUCUUGCUUUACCAGCACAGCCGAUUUUUAGUCAUGUCAGUGAAUCUGAUUACGGGGACGUUACUGAAGAUGAUUUCAAUUUCUUUGGAAAUCAACCUACCUCCACUACAAAUAACAAUUAUGCAUCAACUCCAGAAGUGCCCGGUUCAGUACGUCCUGAUGAUCAUCUUUCUUUAGAUACACCAGCCAUACAUCAAAGUCCUGCUCCAGUACAUCAUCAUCCUAUUAUUCCAGAUCUAUCCUUUAUUGUAAAGCCAAUCCAAAAUCCUCUAGUACCUCCAAAAUGGGCUCCGUUGAUAUUUCCACACGUUGAUGUCUCAAAAUUUGCUAUUCAUCAUAAUUCAAUUGUUAAAAGCAGCAAAAGGAAAAACUACGAUACUUAUUCUCCCGAUUAUCGACCAAAAUUCUUGCCGAAAAGAAAAAAAGCGAAAACUGACACUAAUAAUAAAAAGGCCGAGACUAAAAAAAAGAAAAGCAAUUCGCUUGAAGAGAGUGAAACCGCUUCAUCUUCCGAAGCAUCGUCGUCCGAUACUUCGAGCGAUAACGAGAAUAGCGAAAGCGAUGAUACAAACGCUGGAACAAUCGAUGAUUCAUCAAAUUUAAAGCAACUUGCUGAUGUGAAAUUAGAAGCAGCAAAACCAGAAAUUGAUAAGAACAAUACUUCAAUGAACAUUAUCAACUGUGCGAGAUUUGUUAUAUUAUUCGACAGUCAUUAUGAUUCUCGGAAUGUUCCAUUUUUUUACCCUUAUCUCGAGAUAAAUGAAAAUGAUUACUGUGGAAAAAACGCAGUGUAUUUGUUGCGUGAUCAAAUAGUUUUCGGAUCGUACCCGUACGCUGGUGAACAUAUAGAAGGAGAGUUGGCUACAUCACCUGCUUAUCCAAGCGAAGUCAAAGUUGUUAUACAAAAGUUGAAGUUAGUCUUGAACGAUAUAAAGAAUAAUUUUCCAAAACCAGGUCAAGACAUGCAACUAAGCAUUAAAGAACAACACAAUCAACAAAAAUAUUCAAAUACCAAGUUCGUAUCGAAAACAAAACAACUCAACUGUCAAAUACUCAACGCAAAGGAUCUAGUAGUCGGAUUCAAAAGUAAGUAUCAUAUAGAAGUCUCUACUGACCAAUUGAGAUUUUGGGAACGUCAUAAACUCGAGCCACCUGAGGGAAAGAAAAGAAUUUCGUAUUUCGUGUUGCAUCCUGAAUGCGAAAAUUUACAAUCACGUAUCGUGACUUUCUUUAAACAGAUAAAUCGCACAUUUAUGAACUGUGAAUUAGGCUCACAUUCCCAUGAAAAACUGGAUCAUUAUCCCCAAGGGUUGAUACCAGUUAAAUUAUUAGAAGCUCAUGACAAUGAAUCAGAUACUGCACGUGCUCUUCGUAGUUAUCUCGAAAUAAUCCAAUCGCUGAGACCUAAACUCGCAAAACUACUUCGCACUAAACAAAGUCAAGGAACAUUAGAUUACCUGAUGAUAUAUAUUGUAAACCCAUUCACCCAUUCAACAGCAUACUACGACAUGUGUAAGGUUUUUGCCACACUACAAACACAACUGAAACCCGAACUAAAGAAACUAAGAUGCGAUACAAAACUCGCUGAUAAUGUUACCUUUCAAGUAAUGCCGAUAGAUCAUAUAAUAAAAUUUAGUAUUAAUGGUGGUUCGUAUAGACAAGGACUUGUUGAUAUUGCAUUCUCCAUAUAUACACGAUCAAUGUAUCCCAAAAAAUACGAUGCUCCUUACAUUUUACUAACCCCUGAGCCAAUCGCCGUCAAUUUCCAAAACGCCGAACAACCUCCGUCAAUUCGUGAUUUAAUAACGAGCGGAGUCACGCUGCACAUGGCAUACGGAUAUAGUCCGGAUAGACGAUGGUUAACCAAUGUCUUCACUAAUAACAUUGGAAAUAUAUUAGAUAGUAGUAUACUCCCUAUGAUAGUCUCUAAUCUCAAGGUGCCUCGUCGUACGCUAUUAGAAGAAUCGUGGAAACGAACGUUAUUGGUAAAGAAAACAAUGGAAGACUCGCAACAAAUUGUGUGUCAAAAUAUAAUAAUUUGUAAAAUGGGACCAAUGGUUGAGGAGGAAAGAAAGAUAUGGAUUGAACUAACAAACGGCAAUACAACAAUAAUAUCGAUAGAUUUAAGCUCAAAUUUUGAUUUCAUUGAUACUUUUCACGAUGAAAACCCAAAAGUUUAUGGUAUCGUACUAAAUAACCCAAUACCUCAGAUUGAUUUUCGACCGGUGGCAAGUGGAUAUUUUUUAGAAGUGGCUUCAGAACGAGGACCACUUGUACCUUUACAGGUCGAUCUUAUAUAUAAGCCGGAUUCUCUAUCUGACAAAUCUCCAUCCGUAGCUCUGUGGGAGAUAUUACGCGAAUUCCAUUCACUCUCCCAUCUGGACACCACACCCGUGAAAAACAAUUGUUUACCGAUGCAUUUACAAAUAGUGGAACGGUUGACUCGCGUGCUUUUGGGCGUGACAAUUUGA